GUGAGAUUUACAUUUAACAUUUAUUCACGUUGUGAUAGAUACCGAUACAGUUAAUCAUAUUUGAAAGGAAUUAAUUAAUUGAGUGAUUAUUAAUUAUUAUCACGAGAUUACUUUACCUUUUUUUUUUUUUUUUAUCUUGUUCCUUCCGCGCGGUGUGAGUGUGAUGAGAUGAACUAACUCCACACUCCACACCCACAGUACGAACUUCGCUCUGAAGUUUUUAUCUUUCAUAAUUCGGCGCUAAUCAAGGGUUUUUAUCUUCCCCCUUCCUCUGUUUCCAGUUUCUUCGGUAAAAAUUCAUUCCCUUUCGGUGGUAUCGCUUAAUUUAAGAUACCCUUAUCGGAUUUAUUGCAAAUCCUGGGUAUUACUCGAUUUCUGUUGAAGAACACCCGGAGCUAUUAGUGAACCUUCACAAUGGCAGAUCUCAAGGAGAGGCUACUAGCACCAAAACCUGCAUCAGCUCUUAACGUAAGAGAGGUUUCCAAUCGACCAUCUGCCUCUGGAAGGCAAGCUUUCCAAGGGGUGGAUGUUUUGGGGCUAAAGAAGCGGGGCCAAGGUCUCCGUUCAUGGAUUCGGGUCGACACAUCUGGAAACUCUCAGGCUAUUGAGGUAGACAAGUUUACCAUGAUGCGACGUUGUGAUCUACCUGCACGUGAUCUUCGCCUACUUGAUCCUCUGUUUGUCUACCCAUCAACAAUCCUUGGUAGGGAAAAAGCUAUUGUUGUAAAUCUAGAGCAGAUACGGUGUAUCAUUACAGCAGAUGAGGUUCUUCUCUUGAAUUCCCUUGAUAGUUAUGUAUUGCACUAUGUAAUGGAACUGCAACGACGGUUGACAACAACUGGGGUAGGGGAGGUUUGGCAAUCAGACAGUUCUGACAUGAACCGAAGAAGAGGAAGUAGGAAUUUUGAAAACGUAUUUAGCAACUCUUCCCCUGAUUAUUUACCUUUUGAGUUCAGGGCUCUUGAAGUUGCCCUGGAGGCAGCAUGCACAUUUCUUGAUUCCCAGGCAGCAGAGUUAGAAAUAGAGGCUUAUCCAUUGUUGGAUGAACUGACAUCAAAGAUCAGUACACUAAAUUUAGAACGUGUUCGUCGGUUGAAGAGCAGACUUGUUGCCCUAACCAGGAGGGUUCAGAAGGUUAGAGAUGAAAUAGAGCAGCUUAUGGACGAUGAUGGUGAUAUGGCCGAAAUGUAUCUUACUGAGAAGAAAAGGCGAAUGGAGUUGUCAUUUUAUGGAGAUCAGUCUAUGGUUGGAUAUAAAUCAGUUGAUGGUGCAUCCAUUUCUGCUCCGGUCUCUCCUGUUUCAUCACCUCCCGAUUCUCGGAAGCUUGAAAAGAGCUUCAGCAUUGCUAGGAGUCGACAUGAGAGCAUGAGGAGUUCUGAAAGUACUACGGAAAGUAUAGAGGAGCUUGAGAUGUUGCUGGAAGCAUACUUUGUUGUCAUUGAUAGCACUCUAAACAAGUUGACAUCGUUGAAAGAAUACAUUGAUGACACCGAAGAUUUCAUCAACAUUCAACUGGAUAAUGUGCGAAAUCAGCUUAUUCAGUUUGAGCUUUUACUCACAACUGCAACAUUUGUGGUUGCCAUCUUUGGAGUGGUAGCAGGAAUAUUUGGGAUGAAUUUUGAAAUUCAAUUAUUUGAUGUCCCCUCUGCUUUCCAGUGGGUCCUUAUAAUAACAGGAAUUUGUGGAGUCUUUAUAUUUUCUGCAUUUGUGUGGUUCUUCAAGUACAGAAGACUCAUGCCCCUAUAGGAAGGUAGACCAUCAUGAAGAAGAAGAUUAAGUAAUCGCGUCCUUUCGUUUGUUAUACAAUCAUAAAAUUCAAAUGGAAAGUCGGCUCAUAUGAAGAUCAAUUCUUUCAAUUCAAUUUUGUGUCAGUUUUAGGUGAUUUCUGAUGAUAUUCUGAUUCAUCAGUGUCUAUAUUUAUAGACAACAUUGAUAGUUAGAAACUUGAGCGACAAAACAUCUUCCUAGUUCCUUUCUUUUACCUUUCAUACUGAACAAUGUACAUUCUGCUCUAUUAUAUUUGUAUGCUUGAUUUGGGGGAAGGAGAGUUGAAGGUAUUUAAUCGGGAAAGUUUUUGGUUACCAGUAUUAA